ACAUCCCUUUCUUUUCCUUUUAAUUUUAACAAACUAGCUAUUAGGCCAUUAGCCAUCCCCCCUAAAGGAAAGAUGAGCACUGCUUGUGCCGAGCAACACAAGUUCCAGCCCUCUCACCAACUCGCCAAGAAACUACCCUUCAAAGACGACAUCGAAAUUCCUACGAGGAAACUCCUCCUUUCUUCCAAUCACAUCUCAGAAAACACCACCAUGCAACUUCCCUACGAAACUAGCCUUCAGAAAUACCUGCCUUCCAACAGGAGCAGCAAUGAAGAUGAAGACAAUGACUCCGAUCCCUAUGCUACUGACCAUUUCCGCAUGUAUGAAUUCAAGGUGAGAAGGUGCACCAGGAGCAGGAGCCAUGAUUGGACUGACUGUCCCUUUGCUCAUCCUGGCGAGAAGGCCCGCCGCCGUGACCCUUGUCGCUACCAUUACUCCUCCACCGUCUGUUCUGACUUCCGCCAUGGCGGUGGGUGCCCUCGCGGGGAUGAUUGUGACUUCGCACAUGGGGUAUUCGAGUGCUGGCUACACCCUACCCGCUACAGAACUGAAGCUUGCAAGGAUGGCAAAAAUUGCAAGCGCAAGGUUUGCUUUUUCGCUCACUCUUCUCGUGAGCUACGUAUCUUGCCUGCGGCAACUCUAAAGUACAAAAAUUCAAGCCCUUGCAUCUCUUCCCCAAUGAACAGGAAUAAUCAUUGCUGCUUGUUUUGUCACUCUGUUACCUCCUCUCCUACGAGUACUCUGUUGGGUUUGUCUCAUUUGUCAAGGUCACCAUCUUUAUCACCGCCUUUGUCUCCUGCGAAGCAGCGGACAUCUUUAAGUGGGUUUUUACCAAUUUCUAGGUACAGUGAUCGUUUGAGGAAGUUUGGAACCGAAAUGAUGAGUUACAAGGAUGUGCUUAACAAGCUGAUGAGCUCUUUGGAGAACAUGAAUUUCUGUGAAGUCUCUUCGCCGAUGGCUGGUGGGAACGACCUGUCUACAAACAUUCCCUGGUUUGAUGUUUCCUUCAAUGGGGAAGACCAGACACAGUUUGUUCUAUCUCCUUCCGGGGCAAGCCCUUCUGGAUCUGGGGAAUACUUUGGUGCAACGUCAAAAGGAUUUGGUGGUGAUGAGAAGCUCAAUGAAAACACCGUGGCUUCUGGUCCUGAUCCUGAUCUUGGGUGGGUCAAUGAGCUAUUGAUGUAGAGAUCAGGAGGAGAUGAUGACGAAAAUGAAAGGAGAAUUGCAUUUGUAAAUACUGUCAUGCAACAGCCGUAAA